UUACUUAACAUUAUUAAUUUUCAAAAUUUUUAUUUUUAUUUUUUGCAAAAAGAAGCAAAGUGUAGGAUUUUUCAAUUUACGCAUUGGUGAACGGUCUUUUGACAAGUUGACAGCAGUCUGUCAAAAUUUCUAAUGCUUGUUUUGACAUUUUCGUCAGUCUGUUCUGUUGACUUGACGUCAGUUUAUUAUCUAUCAUAUUAUUAUUUGUAAGCCUCUAUUUAGAGAUGCUUGAAAUUGAGGAAGUUGGUAUACAAAUAAACUGGCCGCCAAACUACUUGAAACUUAUAAAUUUAAUCAAAGAAAACCCGGUUAUUUACACCCUGGGCGAUUACCCAAAAACAAAGGCAGACAGGCAAAACGAAAUAUAUGCUUGGGAAAACAUUGAAAGGAUUAUGCAAUGUUCACGUGCGUGCUGUGUAUUUGCUGAUUUCAUUUGCUUUGGUUAUACCCUGCAUAAAGUAUGGAAUGUAAUAAAAUUGCAGUACUUAAAGUUAAACAUAUUGAUUGAAGCUGGAACACUGUCAAGAGGAAUCAUUAAAGAACAUGCUAUUGCAAAUAAGUAUUUUGAUGGGUCUCUUAGUUUUUUAGAUUCAUAUUUAGAUGACUUGACUAACUUAAAUAUAUUAAAAAAUCCAACAAACAAAGCAUUUGAUUAUUUUUUAGCAAGAUUAUGUAAAGGCAGUUCUAACCAGAGCUGUACAAAAAAAGAAAACAAAGUAAAAAAGUCUGAUUUAGAUCCUGAUGAUUUAAAGUACAUAAUGAAUGUAGUUUCUGUUGCUGUACAAAGCAGAUUUAAUGCAAUGUUCCUAGCUGAGGAAACUAUGAAUAAGGAGAUGUCCUUCACCCUUGAGUCGAAGUUAGAAGUUGAUAAGAGUCUAGGACCACAGUUACUGUCUACAGUUGGUAAAGACAUUUUGACUGAUCAUAAUAAUGCUGAUGUUAAUAACAUAGAAAGAGAGAAAGAAAAAGUUUUUAAUGUACACACAAUGAUUCCUAAUGAUAAUGAAUGUAGAAAAGAUGAUCAAUUGACUAUUGAUGAUGCCACCAAUUUGGGUGUGAGUGAUGACAAAAUUAGAGAAUAUUUUAGAAAACUAGGACUCGUGCUGAGUCAAGGAGUAUCAUUAGAAAAGCAAAAAAAGUUACAAAUUAGAAUUAACACUUUAAUUAAAGGUGAAUUAAGUUUGUGACCUUAAUUGUGUUCUAAAAAAAUAUUACUUACUAUAAAAAUUAUCACUGGUUUAUUUUUUAUAUACCUGCUCUCUUAAUCUUUUAAAUGGUUAUGUGGUGUUACAGACCUGACACAUAAAAGCCACCUAGACUCUGAAAUAUUAUGCGACAGGCAUUUACCCCUCCAUCUGCUCCUAAUGGAAAAAUACAUUAACAAUACAAAGUUGAUGCAUAUCGUUAGUGUUUCGUGCGCUCCCGGCUACCGUGCGGUCGGGUACAUUAACCGUGUCGGGCCUGCGGGUGGCGGGGAGGGCACCCUGUCACUCGAUCAGCCAGCAGGCCAAGAAGGAGACGGGCGCGUCGUCCUGCGCUCCCGUUCUUAUGAGG